AUGAAGUUCACCUCGAUCCCCCUUUUCCUUGCCUUUUCAGGAGGCGCCCUUGCCAAACUGCACAACGUCGCAGUCUGCGUGACCGACAGAGUAUCCCAGCCGGUUGGCGGUACUCCUUUCAGCCCCAGCUAUACCUGGUCAACCAAUUACGAAAUUCUCCCCGCCGAGACCAAGUGUGCCUGUGACUAUUACAGGAAUCGUCACACGGGCGAUAAGCAGUGGGAUUCGUGCCCCGACUGUACCUUUGAUGGCACAUAUUGUAACUCUGCAGGGUGGCACAUUGGUGGAGACGAAAUGACCUAUUACUGUGAGAAGCUUUGCCAUGCUCAAGGUGCUGAGGGGAACUAA